AUGUUUAUGCUAUUGAAAAACAUUGUUGCAAUCGAAAAUAUUACCUGCAAGCGAAUACGUAUAAAACAAUGCAAUCGAAAGGUUUCACAGUGCAAUCAUCCAAGAAGAAUAUUUUCAGGAAUUCAACCUACUGGAGAUGUUCAUUUAGGAAAUUAUUUGGGUGUUAUUAAAAAAUGGAAACAAUUACAGGAUGACAAAGAAAAUGUUAUUUGGUGCAUCGCAGACAUGCAUUCUAUUACUCUGCCGAAUGACCACAAAGAGUUGUACAACAAUACAUUAAGAAUGACUGCAACAUUGUUAGCAUGUGGGAUAGAUCCAAGGAAAAGUAUACUAUUUCAACAAUCUACAGUGCCUAUGCACGCAGAAUUAUGUUGGGUUCUUGGAUGUAUAACAACUUUGCCUAGAUUAGCACACUUACCUCAAUUCAAAGAGAAAAGUGAAACAUUGAAAAAUGUUCCCUUAGGUUUAUUUAUUUAUCCUGUUUUACAAGCAGCUGAUAUACUACUAUAUAGAGCAACUCAUGUUCCUGUUGGACAAGAUCAAGUUCAGCACAUUCAAUUAGCACAAGAGUUGGCUUUUUCGUUUAAUAACAAAUUUGGAAAUGUUUUCCUUGUACCUCACAAGUUAGUUAAUGACGAUGCGAGUCAACGAAUAAAGUCUCUACGUGAUCCUUCAAAGAAAAUGUCAAAAUCAAGUAAAGAUCCAAAAAGUAGAAUAAACAUAUUGGAUGAACCGAGCAUUUUGUUAGGCAGAAUAAAAAAAGCUAUAACAGAUUUUACAUCAGAGAUAACUUACGAACCCGAUAAACGUCCUGGUGUAGCUAAUUUAAUCACCAUUCAUUCUAUGCUUACUGGAAAAAUACCACAAGAGAUAUGUUUAGAAAUGCAAGGAUUAGACACUGGAAAGUACAAAUUACUGUUAGCUGAUUUAAUCAUAGAGAAGCUAUCUCCGAUACGUGAAGAAUUUUCAAAAUUGAUCAAAGAACCAGCAUAUUUGAGGGAAGUGUUGAGAGACGGUAAAGAAAAGGCGGCCGAAAUUGCUGAGGACAGCUGGCGUGGAGUUCGAGAUAAAGUUGGUUUUGGAAAUGACGCUUUUCAAUGCGCAAUAGACAAGAAAAUAUAAAAGGUUAUACACAAAAUAUAAUUAAGAUUUAUAUAAAAAAUGUA